ACAGCUGACUCACUUUUGCCAUUUAUGUAAAAACCCCGGGAAAAAAACAAAAACAAAACAAACUAACAACGAAAGCAUAAUUUGCGGUCGACACUCGUCGAACGCGACCGUUGCGCCGCGGGAACCGCUGAAACGCCGCGGAGCACUUUUUCCUUUCCACGCACACAGCGAGUCCAUGAAGACGCGGGUAUAUAGAUCUUCAUUUACGUUUUCAGACGUAGAUCACAGUGAGUGAGUCCGGCUCGGGGAGAGAGAGCUGCUCGGCGCCUGCAAACCCAAUGCCGGGCAUCAGUUCCACCGCAUCUCGUUAUGAAAGCUGGGAAAUGGAAUACGACCACUACCAACACUAUUUCUACGACGACCACGACCGAGACGAGGAUUUCUUCAAGUCUACGGCGCCAAGCGAGGACAUAUGGAAGAAAUUCGAGCUGGUACCGACCCCGCCCAUGUCCCCUAUCCGGACAGUGGAGGGGGCAGGCAAGGUCGGGCUGCUGUCCCCGUCGCUCGAGGACAAACUAGAAUGGGUGUCCCAGUUCUUGGGUGCGGACGAGGAGCAGGACCUGGCCUGUAAAUUAAGCACAGCGAAUGACUCUUUAGGGAACACGAGCUCCAUCAUCAUUCAGGACUGUAUGUGGAGCGGCUUUUCCACCGGACAGCAGUUGGAGAAAGUUGUAGGGGAGCGUCUGGCGUCUUGUCCCGGUUCAGUGCCCACCAAAGUCCAAACGGCGUCUAACGGCGCGUCUGCGGUGAGGACCGACCCGCCUCUUCUCAGCAGUCUGCCAACAGACUGUGUGGACCCAGCUGCGGUCCUCACUUUCCCAUUAACUGGUGGCUGCAAGAAGCAAGUGUCCUCCGGCUCAGAAUCCCACACCGAUUCAUCAGAUAAUGAAGAUGAUGAGGAUGACGAUGAUGAGGAGGAGAUUGAUGUGGUGACGGUGGAGCACAAGCAACAAAAGCCUCGUCGACUGGUCAACAGCCGCAAACCGGUGACCAUAACUGUGCGUGCAGAUCCCCUCGACCCAGGCAUGAAGCGCUUCCACAUCUCUAUCCACCAACAGCAGCAUAACUAUGCUGCCCCUUCCCCGGACACUCUCCCCGCACACAUGGAGCCCCCCCGCAAGAGGGUGCGGCAGGAAGCCUGCACGCAAUUACUCCAGCUACCCCAGAACUCUCAACUUCACCAACCAAGGCCUGGCCACACACCCCUGAACUUAGAAAGGGUAAAAUGUCGUGUCAGCACGGCCAGAGUUGGGUCCGAGUCGCCUGACCCUAGCGCCUCCCCUCCUACCUCAUCGGAGACCCCUUCCUCACCUCCCUCCUCAUUCUCAUCCUCCCCCCCCUCCUCCCAUCCCCAUAGCUAUCCCUCAAAGUCUAACCACCUCUUCCACCUCUCCAGUCCCCAGUCCUCCGACUGCGAGGACACGGACAAGCGCCGGGCGCACAACUUCCUGGAGCGCAAGAGACGCAAUGACCUCCGCUCACGGUUCCUGUCACUGCGGGACGAGAUCCCGGGGCUAGCGGACUGCCCCAAGACACCUAAGGUGGCCAUCCUGACGCGGGCCACAGAGUACCUGCAGCAGCUGCACGCCAGCGAGAGGCAGAAGGCACAGGAGAGGAGACAGCUAAAAGCCCGUCAGCUGCAGUUGCUUCGUAGGCUGGCACAGCUGAAGCGCUCCUAAGCCGAGAGGACUUGCAGAUGUCACACAUACUUGCAGGACUGAACAGGACACAUGAAGGAGAAAAUACACUAAUGUUCACUUUCUUGAGCAAGUCAUGGUGAGAUUGGUCUGGGUGGACUGUUUUAGCCUUUGUUUUCCCCCCUUUUCAUUUUUUUUUCUUCCUGUUGUUGUUUUGCACAUCAGCUUCUGAGUGAUUGACAAGGCAGUUCGCCAGUCAGGACAGCAAGCCAUGGACUCAUUUUAGGGGCAACGGGUAUACAAUUUGGCUCUGUCUCCCCGUUAUUUAUCCUUGCUAAAAUAACUCCCAAAAAUUAAAAUGAGGGUUUUUGGUUUUUUUUUUUGUGCUGAGCAGAAGGGUCUUACUACAUAUGGUGCGGCCAGUAGAUGAAACGCCAUUAAACGUUUGCGUGGUCUGGUUAGAGGUCUUCUUGAAUGUGCUGGGGAUGGGAACUUCUCUUCACUACACCAGUAUUGUAGCGUAGAGAUGUUUUUCAUGGGAUGGGGUCCGGUUCAUUCAUCGUUUUCUCUGGUAAAACCUCAUAUUUGAAUGGGAAGCCAGUUUCUUCAUGUUGCCAUCUAUUCCUGUGCCUGCUGUGCUAGCUUUACAUUUGGUUAUAAUGGAAAUCUUAUAGGCAGGGUGACUUGUGGGACGAUAUUGAGCCAUAGAACAAGUAAAGCAGGGUUUUUUCCUCUGAUCAGUUAGAACUCUUGUUCAGUGAAAGCAUCAUUUAUUUUCAAGUGUGAAGGACCAUGUAGAUGUUCGUACCGUUCUGGUAACAGCCUGUUGUUGCAGCGUUAAUCUCCAGCGAGGGCGUGAAGAGGUAUGUUGGAGUUUCAUGUAGGCAGUGUUGAGGUUGAGUAUAUGCACGUCUAAAGAAAUAUGAAUAAUGAAUAUAAUCUCAUUCUCAAGCGAUGACUGAUAAAACAUAGUUCAAUUUGUAUUUUCAAAACCAUACUAUUUGUGCCAUUGAGACCAGCCAAAAAGUGAAUGUUGGCUUCGAUUGAUCAAAAAAAAAGAAUCUAUUAUAAAGCGGCUGAUUUACUCAUUUAAAGUGUCAAUACUGACCAUUGGCAAGUUUUGUUUGGAAGUGAAGCCCACUGAAGUGUAUAUUUCUUUCAUUGGGCUGUCUGAAACCAUUUUGUAAAUUGAUUUUUUUUUUGCAUUUGAAAUGAUACCUAGAGAAGCCUUUCGAUGUAUGUAGACUAUCCUGUUGGAUGUUUAUGUAAACUACUCUUACUGUACAAUCCCUUUCAAAACCAAAAUCAGAGCUGUCCUACUAUAUACUCUUCAUUUUUUUUGUUCUCCCCCUGUGUCCUAAAUCAGGUCCAGGCUUGCUGGCUUUUCAAAGAUAACCCAAAGCUUCUAUUUUUUUUAAUAAAAUGAUUUAAAAAAAGAGUCAAAAUAAUAUCGAUCACACUAGCCACUUUGUGACACCAUUUUCAAUGCCUGUUUUUUUUUUUCUUGUUUGUCUUUUUCUGCCUGUUGAGGGUUAAUUUUUACAUGUCAGAGUUGUCAAGAAAAGUUUUGUACUAUAUUUUCCUACGGAAUUCAGUUUCAGUGUGAGCUAAUGACUGUUUUGUUAAUGUUGCUGGUUAGGCUGUACUGAUGGUUAUGUGCUGAGUUGAUAGUCCUCAUUCUUUUUCGAUCAGCCUAUUGCAAGGUGGCGGCACCUGAUUCCCCUGUAUUCGUUCCAAUCAAUGUAGCCAGCACUCGCAAACCUGGCUGUGGAUGGGAAACUUGAAGUCCCCAUGAAAUUAACAUAGAUAUAUAAGUUUUUACGUGUCUUGCACUGAUCGCCACCUAGAUGCGUCACGUAUACGACAUCUGGAACAGCAGCGACGAAAAAGGGGGUUUACAGGUAUUCUUAAUGGUAUUUUAGUGGUAUUUCAUGGUAUUUCCUUUCUUAAAAACGCGUAUAUUUUACUGAGCAUAAUUCAAAAUUAACAGUUAUGCAACAGCAGACAAUCGAGAGAGAAAAAGUAGACAAAAAGUGGAAAGGGGGAAAAAAGGCAGGUAAAUUGUCAUUUCCUUGGGAAAAAAAGACAAACCUUGAUUAUUCAUCAUGCACUCGGGGCGUAUGCUAAUUUUGCGUCCAAUGAAACGCUUUGUCGAAUUUUUUAUCUCGUUCCCCUGACUACCAAUUCUACCGGUUACCGACCGGCGCACAGGAUGUACGAGCUAGUUAGCAAUAAUCGGACUUUGCUAUGCUUUUGUUUACGCUAACUCCCACAAUCCUCAGCGGGUCGGCUCGGCAGGGGCAGGCUGGGAGAUCCGGCAUCGGACCCCAUCGCGGGGCUUCCCCCUUCCGUCUGCGACGCAUUCAGCGCUAUUGGCUACUGUGGACGCCAAUCAAUAUCUGCGACAAAUCCCGCCCUAGUUUUUUUAUUAUCAUUUUUUACAGGAAACAUGCGGAAUUCAAUAGCGCUCUGCUAGCCGUUUCAUGGGGUCUUUAAGUGGAUCUGCUGUUAAAACCUCUGGCCGUGUGUAGCCUUGGGUGACCUCAAUGUCACAGCUUUUUCCUCUUAUGCUUGUUUAAAAAGCCCAGUGCUCCUUUUUGUCCGCAAGCCAUACACCAGAUAAUAAUGUAGCCCUGAAACCAGUACUGUAAAUGAGCAUCGAAUGACCUCAUUUACCAGGGCACUCAGGAGACUCCCAAGUAGUCUGUAGCUUUCAUUUUGGACCAUAGGCUGAUUUUGAGAGAACCUUUCCUUCUACAAUAUGUAAUCUGAAAAGUCUGGAUUAAACGCCUUGCAUCCCACACAGCGAAGAAAAGAGUUUGGUCAAUGAAAGAGAGCGGAAGACGGAGUGAAGUCUAGUCAUUUAGCACAUGUAAAAAAAAAAAAAGCAUGCCACACACACAAAAUGUGGUUGAGCAAUGGCUGGUCCAACUCCAUUCCCCCCUUCUCAACAAAUUAUAAAUUUCCCUUUAUCUGUUCAGCACAAACUAUCAUUAGCCUUUAUUCUUUUUUAGGGGUUAAGCCUCAGGAGUGGUUAGUCUACAGUUGUUUUUUUAUUUCUUUUGGUCACUGGUCUCUGCUGUUUGCGCAAUUAUGGUAGCAGUGGACGUUGCUUAUUUUGAGAGUUAGACUAUGGUGACUAUGGAGCCUUGUCUUAGCACUUUGUUUUUCUGUACCUCAUAAACCUCUGUAUGGGAGAUUAAGUAAAAAAAAUAAAUUCAAUGUUAUACAUCAUAAUUGCUUCUGUUUUGAUUCAGCAUGUCCCAUAUGUUUCCCCACACACAAUGUAAACACAAUGGAAAUUUUCAUUUGCCACAAAUAAAGAA